AUGAUAAAAAUGGAGCCGCAUGAUGACUACGGUCCCCAGCGUGGCUCUGGCCUGGCGCUACACCCCAAGCCCUACUACACCCCACAGGUCAUGACCUCCAUGAUACCCACAGAACUCCGGCUGUGCGUGGGGGGUGCCUACCCUGCUUGCCAACAGAGACUGGGAGGGAAGCCUUCCUCACUGUCCUCCUCAUCCUCCCCCAGCACCAGUCCCAAACUGCAUGACCUGUCACCCACCACACCCUUCUCCAAGUGCCUGUCAGCAGGCCCAUCCCAGUCUCCGAUCCCACAUGUCUCCAUCAUCCAGGAGACUCCUGGACGCUACCAGCCGCAACCUGUCCUCUACCCGCCCAGUAGUGCCUCGUCCUCCCCAGGCUCGCAGCCCUCCACCCCUGGCACCAGCGGCCCGGAGGCCCCGUUCUCCCCCACCCACUGCCUAACGCCGCCCCAGCCCAUCAGUGGCAGCUCUAGCCCAGUGACCCAACAGUUACCCAAAGUGCCAGAGAGAGGCGGCCGCUCGUCAAGCCCCACACUGGCUAUCAACAUCAAACAGGAACCACAGGAACUGGACCAGAUGUACCUAGAUGAUGGUGAGAUAUUAAUCAUAAACCUCUCCAGAUGA